AUGUCGCUAAGGAGAGACCACUACGUCGGAGACGAAGCACAAGCCAAGCGUGGUGUCCUGGCUCUCAAGUACCCUAUCGAGCACGGCAUCGUGACGAACUGGGACGACAUGGAGCGGAUCUGGCACCACACUUUCUACAACGAGCUGCGCGUAUCGCCCGAAGAGCAUCCGGUUCUGCUUACAGAAGCGCCACUGAAUCCGAAGGCCAACCGCGAGCGCAUGACACAGAUUAUGUUCGAGACGUUCGGAGUGCCAGCGAUGUAUGUGGCGAUUCAGGCGGUGCUCUCGCUGUAUUCCUCCGGCAGAACUACAGGCAUUGUCAUGGAUUCGGGAGAUGGCGUGUCGCACACAGUUCCCAUCUACGAGGGAUACGCACUUCCCCAUGCCAUUGCACGCCUGGAUCUUGCUGGCCGUGACCUUACCGAAUACAUGAUGAAGAUCAUGACGGAGAGUGGCUACUCCUUCAGCAACAGCGCCGAACGAGAGAUCGUGCGAGACAUCAAGGAGAAGCUUUGCUACAUCGCCCUGGACUUCAACAGUGAGCUGAAGUCUGCAGCGGAGAGCAGCGAUGGUGCGAAGACCUAUGAGUUGCCGGAUGGGAACAUUGUCUCUUUGCACAGCGAGCGCUUCCGCUGCCCAGAG